AUGUCUAUCGUACACCCAUCCGUGGAAGAGGGUAGAUGGCUAUCUCUACUAGCCUCACAGCCGGAGCGCGUCGUCGAGCUCCUGCGCCUUCGCGACGACACACCGAUGACUGACGACGGAGAUACCGGAGCAGACCACGAGCCCGCCUUUCGCGCUCUCCUAUCUUUGACCAGCAAUCUUACUCGUCCGCAGCAACGAACUGUCUGGGAUGGGCUGGUCGACGUCGGCCUUGCGCAAGCUCUCUGCGCGAUCAUCGCAGAUAGGACCAUCUUAGCGAAUGAAACCAAGCUCGGUGGCGAUGAAUCGACUACAUGGACGUCAUCCGCAAAUGUCUUAGUUCGGUGGGCUGUUAGCGUGAAUGAUUAUCCCUCGCGAACGGAUGUGGAAGUGGUGGUAUGUUUGAAGAAGAACUGGUCGGCAAUGAUGAGAAGACUAUAUGGCGGUCAGUUUGUUUCAAAAUUCGCGGAUCAAUUACACACACCUCGCGCGUUUCCAACCGCACCCCGGGCAUUCCUAACUACACUCCCCGCAUUCCUAACUGCACACACCGCGACUUCCCAACUCUACAGCCCUCCCGGGAGGCCCGCUUCUCCCGGGCUGCCGGUCCUCCCCUCCUCCCCUCCCUCCCGUCCCGUUGGCGGCGCAGUAAAGCGCUUGAUCGUAGCUCUCGAACGAGACCCAUAUAGUGGUAAGAGCGGGAGGGAGACGGAGGAGGUUGGGCGAGGACGCGGCGGCCUCGGGGCUGCGGGCUCGGCUAACGCGCCCACGUGUUUUGCCGCGUGUGUCGCAGAACGCGUUGCGCUCGCCCCGCUCUACUCCUCGCCAGUGCUGCUUCUCGUUCUAUAUCUAGCUACAUACCUAGGGACUUUUUUCCUCGCUCUAUGCCCAUAUAGCGUGAUGAAAGGGCCUUCGGACAUCCGAGUUGCACCGAAUAAGGGCCUAAAACCCCGAUUUCCAAGAAAAAAUGAGUUCAUAUAA